GAAUUAUUACAUAUUUUUUGCGAUAGGCAAAAAUAAAUAUUGCACAGUUUUUUUUUUUUUUUUGUGCUUAAAUAUAUUAAUAUUUUAACGCUUUAGUAUAAUAAAAUUUUAAAGUAAUAGUAAUAAUAAUAAAAAAUAAUAAUAAAUAAUGAUCGAAAAUGAAAAUCAAAUUAUGACACCACCAUUAAUAGUUGACGAAAAUAAUCAAGAAAAUGAACUACGUGAUUUAAAUAGUAGCUAUAGUGAAAAAGAAAGUAUGUUAACAUCCGUAAUUAUCAAUGAUGGAGGAAAACAAAUGCCAAAAAAAUCAUCUUCCCCAAAUAUUUCAUCCUCAUCAUCACCAUUUCCAACUUCACCAACUAUAUUAAAGUCAAAGUAUAAAGAAUCACCACCUCUUCUAUCACACAAUUCAUCAUAUGACUCAUCAGGAGAUUCAUCAGAAGAUGAGUCUUCAAUGGGUCAUCAUUAUCAAUCAAAAAAGAAAAGUGAAAACAAUUCAUUGUCAAUGUCACCAAUUUCAAUUUUUGGGACAAAAAGAAAUAUAUCAAAUCCAAUGCUUACCUCUCUGGAUUUCAAUACUGGCACAAUUAACCAAAAUAAUGAUAAUGUCCACAGUGGAGCAUCAUCAAGCAAUGGUGUUUACAUUCAACAUUCAAAUCAACAAGAACAAGAUUUAUCAUAUUUAAAGAAAGUUGAAAAACAAGAAAAUAAUCAAGAGUCUAGCUUUGGUGACGAUAUGUUAAAUGUAGAUAGAAUGAUUGGUUACAAGAAAACAAUUUAUGGUGAAAUCAUUUACUUUUUAACAAUUUUAUUAACUGGUGGCGUAGUUCUUUUGGUGUACUAUUGGUUUGAUAAACUAUAUGUAAAUUUAAGAUAUAAAAAAGCUUCACUCGAAAAAUCAAAUUUUGUAUUGGUUUAUAGUGAAGACUCAAGAACCGAAUUUUGUAAAGUAAACUAUUUAAAUAAUGAUGAAAAAUAUAUUGUUUUCAGAUAUUCGAGAUUCUUUUUUAAUAAACAUUUAAAAGAAUUUGAAAAAAGCAAAUUGAUAAAUAAUUAUGAAAAAUUCGAACUAUUGAAAUUAAUUCAAAGUGGUUUGUCUAGUGAAAAUUAUAAAAAGAUUUUUGAAAGAUUUGGAAAGAAUGAAAUUAGUUUUCCCAUCAAAAAUAUACCGCAGUUGCUAUUGGAAGAGGUAUUACAUCCGUUUUUUAUGUUUCAAAUCUAUAGUGUUUGUUUAUGGAUGGCUGAAGAAUAUUACUAUUAUGCAGUAGCAAUUUUUAUCAUCGCCACCGUUAGUGCUGUUGUAAGCUUAAGAGAAAUCAGAUCAAAUUUACUAUCACUCAAAAAGAUAUCCUAUUUUGUGUGUGAUGUUCAAGUAUUAAGAAAUAAUCAAAUUCAAACUAUUUCCUCUACCGAAUUGGUACCUGGUGAUAUUAUAGAAUUAAGACAAGAUUUCACUAUGCCAUGUGAUGUAGUUUUGUUAACUGGUCAAGCUAUUUUAAAUGAAUCCAUGCUAACUGGUGAAUCUAUUCCCGUAACAAAAUAUAGUGUUUUAAGCGAUGAUGAAAUUAAACAAUUUAAUAAUGGUCAAUUGAAUUAUCAAAGCGAUGUUAAAGAUCUAUCAAAAGAAAAGCGUUCUCUAGUUUUUGGUGGUACCAUUGUUGUAAAGUUAAUGUCGUCCUCCUCCACCGAAGAUAGAGUAUUGGGUAUGGUAAGAGAUACUUCAUUCCAAACUACAAAAGGCAAAUUAAUUUUAAGUAUUCUCUAUCCUAAGAAAUCUCACUUCAAAUUCUUUGUAGAGUCCCUCAAGUUUGUCGGUGUUCUAUGUUUCUUGGCUUUGAUUGGCUUCUCUUUAUCAGUUUGGCGUCUCAAUCAGUUGGGUGUCGACGGUAAAACUAUUGUAUUGCGUGCAUUAGAUUUAAUUACAAUUGUAAUUCCCCCUGCUCUACCUAUGGCAAUGACUGUUGGUACAAGUUUUGGUUUAUCAAGAUUAAAAAAGACAAAUAUCUAUUGUAUCUCACCUCCAAGAUUAAAUAUGGCUGGUAAAAUUCAAGUUUUCUGUUUCGAUAAAACCGGUACCCUUACCGAAGAAGGUUUAGAUUUAUUAGGUAUCAUUACCACAAAACUAAGUUUCAAAUCCAAAAACUCAUUUUCCCCAGUCUCAUCACCCUCAUUAAAUAGCAUAGCUGCAAAUACUACUGCCUCUAAUAAUGCAAGUAAUAAUAGCAACUAUUCAUUUAACAACAUAUCAUAUUUAGAAGAGGGUUUAUUUUAUAAUCAAGACCAACAACCAGAUGAGGAAAACAAUAUAUUUAAAUAUUUAAUGGCAUCAUGUCACUCCCUUAGUAUUAUCAACGGACAAGUUUCAGGUGAUCCAUUAGAAAUCAAAGUAUUUUCUGCAACCAAAUCAACAAUUGUUGACUCCCCAGGCUCUUCAGGUCAAUCUAUUGUAGUACCAUUGGAUGAUUGUAUUGAAUCAACAGAAACCAUUAGCUAUUUAGAAAAUUUCGAUUUUCAAUCCAAACUUCAGAGAAUGAGUGUUAUUGUUCAAUUAGAUAACAGCGGUCGUAGCAAUUCAUCAAACACAACAAUAAUGGCAAACAAUAACAAACCAUCCUAUAGCUUUGUAAAAGGUUCACCAGAAAUGGUUAAAGGUCUUUGUGUUCAAAAUACCAUUCCAAAAGAUUAUGAUCAACAAUUGGCAAUUUAUACUGAAAAAGGUUAUAGAGUUUUAGCAUGUGCCUAUAGACAUUGGGAUACCACUCAAAUAUUUUCAAAAAGGGAAUUACUUCGUAAAGAAUCGGAAUCAAAUUUACAAUUUUUAGGUUUUAUUAUUAUGGAAAAUAAAAUGAAAUCCCAAUCACCAUUAAUCAUUGAUACACUUCACAAAGCAAACAUUAGAACAGUUAUGGUAACAGGUGAUAAUCCUUUAACAGCAACCAGUGUAGCUAAACAAUGUGGUAUUAUAAAGAAACAUUCAAUUUUGUUUAUGGGCAUAGUUUCAAACAAUCCAGCAACUGGCGAGGAAGAGAUAUCAUGGGAGCAUGUUUCAAGAGAAGAAAGAGGUGAUAUUCAUCAACUAGAUUCAAAUACAUUAUUUUUAGAUGGUGAUGAACAAAUGGUUAGAGACUACAACUUUAUUAUCACUGGUCCAGUAUUUAAAUUGAUUUAUAAUCAUUAUCUUGCAACAGGCUCAAUUAGAUUCAUUACAAUGCUCCGUCGUGGUGUGGUUUAUUCUCGUAUGACACCUGAUGAAAAACAAACCCUCAUAGAAGAAUUACAAAGAAUUGGUCUAUAUGUUGGUAUGUGUGGUGAUGGUGCAAACGAUUGUGGUGCAUUAAAAGCUGCCCAUGUUGGUAUUUCAUUAUCUGAAACAGAAGCCUCAAUUGCUGCUCCAUUUACCUCAACAAUUACAGAUAUUUCAUGUUGCCCAUCUCUUAUUAAAGAAGGUCGUGCCUCAUUGGCUGUCUCAUUCAAGCUAUUUCAAUUUAUGGGAAUGUAUUCAUUAAUUCAGUUCACAACCGUAAUCUUUUUAUAUUUCAAUGCAUCGGUUUUAGGUAAUUGGAUGUAUCUCUAUCAAGAUCUUUGGGUGAUUUUUCCAUUAGUAUUGUUUAUGGGUAUGACUAAACCUUGCAAUAAAUUAUCUAUUAAACGUCCAUCUGGUAGACUUUUAUCCGGUGCUAUUGUUGGAUCACUUUUGGUUCAUAUAGCUGUCUGUAUAGCCUUCCAAACCUGUAUUUACUUUUUGGUUCAAACUAAAAAAUGGUAUAACGCUGAUGUUAUAGAUGAAGAAAAUAUUUUCUCCUAUAUCACCACUUCAUUAUUUAUUUAUGGUUCAUUCCAAUAUUUAAUAAUGUUAUUAACAUUUUCAUUUGGUAAACCAUUUUUAAAACCAUUGUAUACAAAUUUGUUUUUAUUUAUUACUUAUCUUAUCGCAUUUUCAACAACUAUUUUAUUAUUAUUUGUACCAACAGAGGCCGUUUGGGAGUUUUCGCAACUAUUGAUAGUACCAAUAAGUUGGAGAUUUACAAUGUUUGGUAUACUAGUGGCAAAUUUAGUAGCAAAUGUAACCGUCGAAAUCUCUUUCUAUAUUUAUAAAAUUAGAUCAAAAAAGAAGAAAACUAUAAAUCUUACACAAAUAUUUUCAAAAGACUCUCCAAAAGAUAACAGAAUACUAGAAAACUCUUUAUUAAUUCCAAUAAAUGAUAAUAAAAAUUAAAAUAAUAAAUAUUUAAAUAAACAAUACAUUUUAUUAUUAAAGUAUACCAUAUUUUUUUUAAAAAAAA